AUGAAUCUACACCCUGUAUCACCAACGGGUGCUGAUGGUAAAAUUCUAUCCGAUAAACGUAAUCAAGAAAUUUUUCAUAUUAUUAACGAUAAAGACGAAGUUAGAGAACCAUCUCAAUUUGGUUUUGUAUAUGAAUUAAAAUCAGUUAAUGUUAAACAAGGUGAACAAGCACGAUUUGAAGCAAAAAUUCGUCUAGUAUCAAAGACAACGUAUAUUAAUAAAAAUUUAUUAAAUGUAGAAUGGCGUUUAAAUGAUGUACUGAUAUCACCAACAAAUCCUCGGUAUUGCUUUGGCUUUAAAAGUGAUGAAUGUCGAUAUUGGUUAGAUAUUCGACAAUGUGAACAAGUUGAUCAAGGUGUUUAUACAAUACAAAUUCAAUAUAAUAAAUUACAUGACGAAUCAUCAGCGUAUUUAUUUGUUGAUAGUAAGUUUAUUAAGUGGAAUUAUCAGAGAGAAAUGUAA